AUGUGCCCCGACCCUCUCCUGGGGAAGGCGGACUCAUGGUAUGAGGAAGAAAUGGUGUUCUACUUCACGAGUAAUGUUGUUUCACCUCCAGCAACUCUCUUCAUGGGAAGAGAUAAACACGAGAAUGAAGAUUUGAUCAAGUGGGGCUGGCCAGAAGAUGUUUGGUUUCAUGUGGACAAGAUGUCCUCAGCACACGUGUACCUAAGGCUACAGAAAGGACAGACUCUGGACGAUAUUCCACAGACGUUGCUCGAAGAUGCCGGACAACUGGUGAAAGCCAACAGUAUCUCAGGGAACAAGGUGAACAACGUGGAAAUUGUGUACUGUUUUUGGGGAAACCUCAAGAAGACGGCAGCCAUGGACGUGGGGCAGGUCUCGUUCCACAAGGACAAGGAAGUGCGAAAGUUCCAGGUGGACCGGCGAUCCAACGAGAUCGUCAACCGGCUCAACAAGACCAAGACGGAGCGGAACCCGGACCUCAGGGCAGAGAGGGAAGAUCGGGACCGGGAGGAACGGGAGGAGGAGAAGUCUCGGAAAAGGCAGGAGAAACUGCGUGAGAAGGAGGAAGAGAAGAAGCGCGAAGAGGAGGCAAAAGAGAGAAGUUACACGACUCUCAUGACUGAGCAAAACAUGAAAUCUAACAAGGAGGAGGAUUAUGAUUCGGAUGACUUCAUGUAAUUUAUCUGUUGCUUGCAGAUUCUCAGCAAUGAUCUUUUCUGAGCUUAUCUCCACUUUUUUUAUAUUCAUAAAGAAGUUUAUUCAUGCAUGCAAAAUGGUCCUCCUGCUCAGAAUGUUAGCUCACAGGACGAGGAGAAGAAAUUAAAUUUAAAAAAGACAUCUGAGCUAUUGAAAGUGAAAUUUUCAUGGCAUGUCUCUCUGUCCAAAUCUCAACUCUGGUGUAGAACCACUGGCAUUUUAUGAAACAACCACUUCCAGAUUUAUCUGAAAUCAAAAGUUAAAAAAAAAAUUUUGUGGCAUUCAGUGAUACAAAAUUCAAAUUAUUUUGUAUCCUGUUACCAUAUCCCUUUUUGAGAGCAAUAAAAAAAGUUGGU